AAAUCGUGCGAUAUAUAUCGUGGACGCUAAUUUUCGCACGACCGAUGUCGCAUGCGUAACGCAAAAGCCACUGAUUUAUAUUCUUGAAAUGAAGUGAAAAAUGUAACCCGAAAAUUUUCGUACGCGAUACUCUCACAGCGUUGCCAGGUUUAAGACAAAUAUUUGCACCAAUUAGAAUGCUGCUAUAACAAGAAAUGAAAACUUAACCUUACCUUACCGUACUGUCAGUAUAUAUUGCUGCGAAUACCUAGAGCAGAUUUUUCAAGGCCAAGAGCCGUGUAAUUUUUAAUCGAAAAGUUGACUGAAACUUCGUUCAAACGAUAAUAUUCGCAUCGUGACGCCGUAUUAUUCGUGAAUAAAAUAUCGUGAGCUGUUUUCGUACGUCGAAACCGAUUACCGCUUCUGAGCAGGAUAAAGUUAGAAAAUCUUUACAUGAAAUGCAGCACUCAACUACCGAUAAAGAAACUGUAGUUGGUGCUGACAGAAUGAUCAAAUCGGCCCCGGUUAGGCUAUCAGAAAAAAUGAAUACUAAAUUGAGGUCAGGAUAUAUAACUAUGGAACAAAAAGAAACACUAGUUGAAUUGAUGAAACAAAAUCCGAAGUUAAAAUCAAGCAAAUUUUCUUCAACAUUUACAACAAAGGAUGCACAAAGAAUGUGGAUAGCACUCGCUGAAGAACUACAUAAAAUACCCAACGGAGCUAUAAAAGAUUGGAAACAAUGGAGAAAGACUUGGCAAGAUCUGUGUUCAAAAACAAAAGCAAAACAUAGUCAAAUAAGUAAAUACAUGAAAGGAAUAGGUGGUGGCCCUGCUUUAUUACCUUUGGAGCAAUUAACAUCUACGGAACAGCAGAUUUUGGAAACAAUUAAUGCAACAGCAAUUAGUGGCCUUGAUAAUAUUGCAGAAACGGAAGCAGUAUUUGAAUAUGAAGGUGUAGAAUACUUGGAUGAGUAUCAAGAAAUAUCAGAUUCUGAAGGUCCUGAAGCAACGGUUGUGGAGGCAAUGAGUACGAAUAAUAAUGAGGCUACAACGUGCAAUAUGCAAAAUUCUUCUACAAAGAAUCAAAUAAUGAUUGUCGUAAAUAAAGAGAAUAAAGUAAUGGCUACUAAUAACAAAGAAAAUAGAAAUAAAAUCGUUAAAAAUACACCUAUGACAGAGAGGAACACAAAAACAUGUAACACAAAACAAGGACAUAUUAAACAAAAUGAACCACACAAUCAAACAGUAGCAAGCCAUAGAUUUGAAAAAACAAUGGAAUAUACUAAUGAUUUAGUAGGCCUAACAGCAAAAGAUCAGCAGAUGAGAAAGAAAUAUUAUAGGAAAAAAUUAAAAUUAAUGUUAAAAGAUGUAACAGUAAAAGAAAGAAUGGCAACUGCAUUAGAAAAUAUAUCUAAUGUUUAUCCGUUUAUAAAAGACUAAUUUUCAAGUUGUGAUUUUCAAAGACUUCAUAUCUUUUAUUUGUGUUUAUGAUUUAAAAGAUUAUUUUUAUUUUUAUGUAUACUACUAUAUCAAUAUUAAUUUGUGUUACUGUACUACUAAUACUUGCCCGUUGGGCCUUAUACUUGCUAAUUAUCAUAAUUAUUACUAUAUAUUAUAUUGUCAUACUCAUAAUACUAAAAUAAUAAUACUGUGAAAACAAUUUGUGAUACUAGAGUAUUAUAAAUGAAAAGUUCCUAUUUUUUGUUACUUUGGGUGCAAUAAGGUAACUUAUAUAAGUACAUAAACUUUCAAAACCUUAUUAACUUUUACUUUUUGUUUUUAUUUUAUACUUUUAUAAUGUAAAACGUUAUAAGGUUAUAUACAUAUAUAGAUAUAUGAGAUUAUGUAUUACGUUGACAUUUGUAUCACUUUAGACAUGUGUUAAUAAAUAAUACACAUAUUUUAAGUAAAAUGUAUUAUUAUAUGUAAGUAAACAUAUUUUGAAUCAGUAA